CUGAAGAGGUGUGACUCCAGCUAAUCGGUAUUUACAUCGAGCUAGGUAAACACAGAGAAACAUAUAAAAGCUCAGAACUAAAAGCAUGGAGCUAGCUAGCUAGCUGGAGGCCCUCUCUCUAUAUUGUAUUGGCCUUCUCCACACUCUGAGAUAUGACCUCUCUUCCUUGCUGGGUCAAGAAUGACUCCCUGGUCAUACCAGCUCUCAAGGAAGCUGUGCUCUCAUGUAGCAAGCAGCUCCAGUCAUCAUCCUCGAGGGUGAAUCAACUGACUGGGGCCAGAGAGCUGUACAAUCUGAUACUGUUAGUGUGGUCACUGGACACACGUCUGGCCAGAGAUGCAGCGGACAUUGUGUGUGAUCACAUAAGAGACACUGGAGGGCUUGAGUCACUAAUACAGCUGUGCUCUUCCUCGGACAUAUCUCUACGACUGGCCAUCCUGAAAGCACUCGAGCAAAUCAUGGUCGCUGACAAUAGAAAGUACAUCGCCGGGCACAAACUAUUCAAUUCGGUCGUCGAGGUUGCUACUAGCAACGAGAGUCUAGAAGCCAUACAAUCUGGCACCGGGAUCCUAGAAAAUCUCUUCAAAGACUCGACCCAAACUUGCCACAGGCUAAUCAAGAGAGGAGCACUCGAGGGGAUCAUCUUGGGAUGUCGCAACACCGACCUUAUCGUGUUGCAGCAUUGUGCAGCUGCUCUGGCCAACUGUGCCAUGUACGGAGAGGCAAAGGCACACGCUGCUAUGGUCACCAAGUACGUUGAUCAUUGGCUCUUCCCGUUGGCAUUUUCGAGUGAUGAAGUUGUCAAAUACUAUGCCCUCCUUGCAAUUUCCUUCUUGGCUGCAAACCCACAAGUUUCUCAUAAAGUAGCUGAGAGUGGAACUCUGGAUCUAGUACUCCCAUUUCUGAAUAAUCAGGACACCGAGGAGUUCACUCGCAGCUGUCCAAACCACGCCCACGGACGAUCAGUCGGCUGGCUGAGGAGAUUGGUGCCCUUGUUGUUGAGUCAGAGUGAGGAGGCUCGAUCGCUAGUGGCCUUUCAUCUGGCCAUGGAGGCUGCCAUCAAGAAGAAGCAAAACAGACUUCAGACUUUCUCUGAGAUUAAUGCGUUUGAACUUCUUCGAACGGCUGCUAAGAAAGGCUCGAAGCUAACUGCCAAGUUUUGCACAGAAGCCCUACUCACAAGUUCUGAACCCCUCCCUCCCUACCAGUGCUGGAACGUUAUCAACUGGUCCGCAGUCGAAGUCGCUUCUUGGGUAGGCAACACAGUGUGUGCGUUGAGUGAAGAUACUGUACCUGAUUUCACGCUACAUCAUGUAACAGGAAGUAUGCUGUUGGACUUGAGUGUGGACGAUCUAAUGGAGAUUGGGUUCAACAGUCGAGUUUCGUGUAAAUGGUUUUUGGAGGAGAUUAAGAAGUUGCGUUGUCUUGCGGAUAUCUCUGGUACGGAGAGCAAUGAAGUUUGCAAAUGGCUGACAGAUCAUUGCAAAGAGCUAGCCUUGUAUCGAACUGAUUUUGCACGGAAAGGAAUUACGAAAGCUCUCCUCCCCCACCUGACCGAAGAUGUUCUCACUGAGAUCGGGGUGAGCACUAGACUGGAUCGACUGAGAAUAUCCCUCGCCCUUAAACAAUGUGCUGAGAGUCAAGUAUUUGAUACUCCUGAUCAAGGGGGGGCGGGUUUUGUACUGCCUACUCCAGCGUUGAACAGAAAAUUCGAUGUGUUUAUUAGUUACCGACGAUCUACCGGCUCACAGUUGGCCAGUUUGUUGAAAGUACACUUGCAAUUACGCGGACUCAGCGUGUUUCUGGACGUUGCCGAACUGGGUAGUGGGAAAUUCGAUGAAGCCAUUUUAACCACGAUUGCACGUUCGAACAACUUUAUCCUUGUGCUAAGCGAGUCUUGUCUGGACCGCUGCAAGGAGGACACUCACGUGCAAGACUGGCUCCACAAAGAGAUUGUGUGUGCUUUGGAGAACGGAAAACAUUCGGUGCCCGUGAUUGAAUCGAACUUCAAGUGGCCUAAAGACGGUGAAUUACCGACAGAUAUCAAGCAGAUUGGUACGUGGAAUGGCGUCUCGUGGAGUCAUGAAUAUCAGGAAGCUAGUGUGGAGAAGCUGGUUAACUUUUUGCAGCUACCUGCUAAAGCACGACGAAUGAGGAGUAACACACGUUCAUAUAUGAGUUUUAAUUCAGUAGUAUCAGAACAACCAGCAUAAUAUUAUAUUUAUUUAUGGCAGAUUUUUUAUUCCUCAAGUAAAUGUUUAUUUUUGCUCA